UGGUCUAGUGACGUCACGGGGGAUGCCGGUAAUUUUCCAUGAUGAGAUCAAUUGACACAACAGAAACUGCCCUCGACCAGUUCUUCCGCAGGCUUUAGCAGGAAAACCUCAACGAUCAUCGCCAUCAAAAGCAUCCCUGCUUCUCCUAGACUACCCAGCGGGCGUUUCUGAGGCUUGUGAACCGCUCAAGAUCGGGAUGGAACCCAGAAUUUCUGGGUACGCAACAGCAGAUCCACACUCGACCGUUAUAAAAUUUUCGACUCGCGAUUUUCACCAGCUGAUGCCCAUGUUUUUGUUACGAUCUACUAUAUCACAUAAACGUUUGACCUUGUUGUAACCUCAAAUUAGAAAACAUGACCUCCUUGCUGCUCCUGAACAGGACUUUUUCUCGCUGCGUGCCAAGAUUGUCGUACAGAACUCCCGUGUGCACGAGGGGCUUGUUUGUAAACAAAUGGAGGACACCGAACAGUCCCAGGUACCACCUCUGGUCAAGAAAUGGCAAAAACAAAGGAGAGACCGCCAACUACGGCCUACUUCCUGUAGGAGCGAUAUGUUUUUCUUACGGAUUCACCAUCUUCCCACUGUCACCUCCCAAUAUUUUAUCCAACGUGCUGAGAAGAUUUGGCAGAUUCAAAGAUCCAGUGUCCAGUACAGAAGACAAGAUCACAUAUCCACCAAAGUCGAAAGUUGGCACCUAUGUGAAGAAGAGGCGAAACUUCGUGCUGCAGUUUCUGCUCACGAUUUGGAGAUACUUCCGAGUCACACUGAGAGUGCUGUGGCUUUUGUAUAGGUUUGGACCUCUGUUUUGCAUCUAUCCCUUGACGUACACGUCUCAAAGAUUCACAAGUUUGUGGUGGAAACUCUUCCUGAAUGCCAUAGAAGCCGCAGGCCCCACUUUCAUCAAGCUGGGACAAUGGGCCAGCACGAGACGCGACCUCUUCACGGACGAGUUCUGUGACCGGUUCUCGAGGCUACACGUCCACGUCAAGCCACACUCCUGGUUCUUCACCAAGCGGCGACUCCAGCGGGCCUUCGGGAAGAACUGGAGGAAGAUAUUCGUGAAGUUUGAGAACAUGAGGAAGCCGAUUGGUUCGGGGUGUAUCGCUCAGGUGUACAAGGCGUACAUGAGACCAGAGAUGAUCAAAGAUGAAGAACUCAGAGAUGAAAUCAUGGAAGAUCUCUUCCAGGUGGAGGCUCCAGACUUUACGGAGGCCUGGGAGGUGACAGGGUUCGGAGACGUGCUGGGGAGUAAGGAUAAGGAGCUGGAUGAUCUGGAGGAGGAGAUAGAGAGGAGUAGGUUGGCACGGCAACACGUGCAUGGUGUGCAGAGUGGGCCAACAGAUCCAGACAGUACUACAGAGAGUUCCCAGUUUCAGGACCAACCUUCCCCUGACACACAGAUCCAUGAUGAGUUUGAGGGGCUGAUUCCUGUUGCCAUCAAGGUUCUGCACCCCGGCCUGUACCGUACGGUGAAGCGUGACCUGUCCAUCAUGUCUGGUGUGGCCUGGCUGCUAGAGUGGGUCCCUGGGCUGAAGUGGCUCAGUCUGUCUGAGAUCGUUAACGAGUUUGGAGACCUUAUUAUGAGUCAGAUUGACCUACGACAUGAGGCAGCCAACUUGGAGCGGUUUAAGGAAAGUUUUGCUGACAUCGAUGCCAUCCGCUUCCCUAAACCCAUCCGCCCCUACGUCAGGAGGGACAUCCUCGUGGAAACAUUCGAGGAGGGGGAACCCAUCACCAACUUCAUGUCGGAUGACAGCUCAGAAUGUCUGAAGGCCAAACUUGCAGAGAUGGGAAUAGAGGCGCUGUUAAAGAUGAUAUUUGUGGACAACUUUGUCCAUGGGGACCUCCACCCAGGCAACAUCCUGGUCAUGAAUGCCGAGAGCUAUAACCCUGAGCAGUGUAACAAGAUGAUGCUGGUGGACAUGUGUGAUACGGUCAUCGUGAACGUCAAGCCCGUGGAGAACCCCAUCCGCCUGGUCCUGCUGGAUGUGGGAAUCAUCGCAGAGCUGGAGGAACAGGACCGACUCAACUUCAGAGAUGUGUUCACGGCUGUGGUACUGGGGGAGGGGGAGCAGGUAGCAGAACUUAUCCUGCACCAUGCAAGAGCCAACGAGUGCAAAAACGUGGCUCAGUUCAAGAAAGAGAUGGCAGAUUUAGUGCAGACAGCAAGGGAGAACACUGUCACCCUAGGCCAGAUCCAAGUGGGAGAGUUACUGAACAAAGUCUUCUCACUGCUUAUCAAGCACAAGGUGAAACUUGAGAGCAACUUUGCCAACAUGGUUCUGGAUGGUGUAAGACUAGAAAGGGGAAUGUACAUCUACUUCAGUUAA